AUGGCUACCAGCUCCGACGAUGAUAUGCCUCUGGCGACGUCUAACGGACAUGUCUCCGCUUCCAAAAUCUCCAGAGCUGAAGACAAGGCCAUGGACGCUACCGAUUCCAGGAUGAAGCCAGCACCGGCCGGCAUCUCUGUGCGCAAUGGUCCCGUUGUCGACGACAUGGACAUCUCACCUGCCCAGGACGGACUUGCAAAGCGGAAGGCACGCACCUCAAUCACCAAGAUCAACUACCAGGACGGUUCAGAUAGUGAUGAUGACAAGCCACUGGCAAAACGUCAAAAGACCAAGACGAAAACGAAACAGGAGUCCGAUUCUGACGAUGACGUACCCAUCAUGAGGAAGAGGGCCAAGCUGCCCCCAUCAUACAAGGAAACUGCGCUCCCCGAGUCCGACUCUGACGAUGAUCAACCACUCAGCGUGAAGCUCGCUGCGAAGAAGGAAAGCAUCGAAGCGGACGCCGCGAAGGAGGCCAGAGCCAUUCGGGCGCAAGAGAGCAAAGCCAAGAAGCCCGCUGCAAAGAAGCCCAUCAAGGAUGAUUCCGAUGAUGAGCCUCUCGCAAAGCCUAGACGGCAGUCCAAUGGCGUGGGUGCCAUCAAAAAGCGCGUCGUCAAGGACGAGUCCGAUUCUGACUCCAACAAGCCCAUUGCGAAGAAGGCUAAGAAGGCUGCGCCCGCUAAAACGCCAGCCAAGGGUACGAAGGCAAAGGCCGCCACGCCGGCCAAAAAGGGCAGGCCCGCCAAAAAGGAAGAGAGCGAGGAGGCCGAAGAAGACGAGGCUGUAGAUGAGUGGUGGAACGAGCCAAAGAAAGAAGAUGACAGUGUCAAGUGGACCACACUCGAGCAUAAUGGCGUGUUGAUGGACUAUAAGUACGAGCCGCUUCCAAAGAACGUCAAGCUCGUCUACGACGGCAAGCCACUCAAUCUCCCUCUCCAAGUCGAGGAAGCUGCAUGGUUUUUCGGAUCCAUGUUCCACUCCAAGAACAACGUGGACAACCCUACGUUCCAGAAGAACUUCUUUGAGGAUUUCCGCGAGGUAAUCAAGGAGCAUGGCUCGGCGACUGACAAGGAUGGCAAAAAGGUUGAUAUCAAGGACUUCCACAAAAUCAACUGGCAGCCCAUGGCCGACUUCGCUGAACAGCAAAGUGCCAUGAGGAAACUCCGAACCAAGGAGGAGAAGAAGCAGAUCAAGGAGGAAAAAGACGCGCGAGAGGAACCGUUCAAAUACUGCCUCUGGGAUGGUCGCAAAGAGAAGAUGGGCAACUUCCGCGUCGAGCCUCCCAGUCUUUUCCGUGGACGUGGCGACCACCCGAAGACGGGUAGAAUCAAGAAGCAGGUUUUCCCGGAGCAGAUCACCAUCAACAUUGGCAAGGACGCAAAGAUUCCCAAGCCUCCUGAUGGUCACAAGUGGAAGGCUGUUGUACACGACAACAAGGCUACGUGGCUCGCGUCAUGGCAGGAAAACAUCAACGGCGCGUACAAGUACGUCAUGACGGGCUCCAGUAGCUCCGUCAAGGGCAAGUCAGAUCACAUGAAGUUCGAAAAGGCGCGCGAGUUGAAGAAGCACAUCGACAGAAUUCGUCGCGACUAUGGCAAGGACCUCAAGAGUGAGACGAUGGCUGACAGGCAGCGCGCUACUGCCAUGUAUUUGAUCGACAGGUUCGCGCUUCGAGCCGGUAACGAAAAGAAUGCCGAGGAAGAGGCUGAGACUGUCGGCUGCUGCUCUCUCAAAUUUGAGCACGUCACCCUCAAGGAGCCCAAUACUGUCGUCUUUGACUUCUUGGGUAAAGACAGUAUCCGUUUCUUUGACGAGUUUACUGUUGAACGCCAAGUCUUCAAGAACCUCAAGAUCUUCAAGAAGCCUCCCAAGGGUGAAGGUGAUGACAUCUUUGACCGCUUGACCACGACGCAGCUGAACAAGCACUUGAAGAGUUACAUGGAUGGUCUCACUGCCAAGGUGUUCCGUACCUACAACGCCUCCUUCACCAUGUCGCGGCUGCUCCAGGAGCUCCCCGUGGAGAAGGCCACGAUUGCAGAGAAGGUGAAGCUCUACAACGACUGCAAUCGCAAAGUCGCCAUUCUCUGCAACCACAAGCGGACUGUCGGUGCCGGUCAUCAGGCCCAGAUGGAAAAGCUCGGAGACCGCAUCAAAGGUCUGAAGUACCAGCAGUGGCGUACGAAGAUGAUGAUCCUUGACGUCGACCCCAAGCAGAAGAAGAAGCUCGGGGCGGAUUUCUUCAAGCUCGACGAGGAGCUCGAUAACGAGUGGAUCGAGGAGCACCUGAAUUUCCUUUACGAGGAGCAGCGAACGAAGAUCACCAAGAAAUUUGAAAAGGAUAACGAGAAGCUUGUUGCCGAAGGUUCCAAGAAGCUGCCCGAAAAGGAGCUUAAGGAGCGCCUCAAGGCUGCCUCGGAACUGCUCACGAAGCUCAAGAAGGAGCACAAGACAAAGAAGGUCGAAGCCGAAGGCAGAAGCCCCACCGUGGAGAAGCUCUUGGAGGGGGCGAAGAAGAUUGAGGAGCGCGCCAAGAACCUGGAACUUCAAGCCCAGGAUCGUGACGGCAACAAGGAGGUUGCCCUGGGUACCAGUAAGCUGAACUACAUCGAUCCACGCCUCACGGUUGUCUUCUCACGAAAGUUUGACGUGCCUAUCGAGAAGUUCUUCUCGAAGACUAUGCGCGAGAAGUUCAACUGGGCUAUUCAGUCGGUUGACGACGACACGUGGGAAUUUUAG